AUGAACUGGGCAGCUAGUCGCUGGUUGAUGCACUACCUAGGCACAAUGAUGGUAGAGGAUCCGGAGAAACCUCGAGGAGGACGCGCUCACCGCAUUGGGCUAUGUACUGAGGAUGCGCAAGCCAUGAUGCGUGCAGCAACGGUUCUGCAGAGGUCCAUCCCCGAGUUGGACCGUGACAUUGCACCACUGCUGCAGGUCAAGGUGAGAGAUGCCGUGAAUGCAAUGAGCAACAAGGAUGUGGUCCGAAUGCUGCUCAUUGGGAAUCUGAAGGGGGCUGAGACUUGGUCGCGGCUGCUAUCUCGCCUUGGGCCAGAACUAGCUGAUGAUAUUGACCUUGAGGAGGUAGCUCCAAUCAUUCAGCUGCUUUGCUCGCAGCAGCCGACCAUUGAAGCUACUACGGCCCUUGACCAAGGAACAGGACAGCCCGUCAAGACCUCUCCAAAGGUGGAAGGCCUCAGGGCAGAAGAGAGUGGUCAUUUGUUGGUCAUUCUUCGCGAUCAGGUGGUUACAUACUUGGAUGUGAUGGAGCUGCGAGAUGCUGCUGCUGCUAUUUGGUGGCUUGGCAAUUCCGGCUUAAUGAACAAUCAGCUGCAAGAGGCUGCAAGCACAUUCAUCCUUCGAAGAGUCAUGUCAAUGCUGCCACAGCAAUAUGACCCAUCAGUUUGGCAGAUAGCUUGCUCUUUUGCCAAAGUGCAGAGAGAGGAGCCGUCGCUGCUCAAGGCUGUAGCACGCUUGGCCUUGAAGAACGAUCUAGGGACAAUGACCAACUGGGCUGUGGCGGUGAUGUCUUGGUCGUACACGCAGCUCGAGCGAUCCCAGGAUGGCCUGAGCAGUUUCCGCAACAGACUGAAGGCUGAGGCCAAGCUUCGGGGAAUCACGCAGGAACAGGUGGAAGAAAGUCCAUGGCUGGAAUACAGCGAGGAGAUGGACAAGUUCUGGCUUGCACAGAGGAUCGACAAGCGACCUUUGUUCAUUGCCCCUCGCCCUGUGAAGCUGCUGCAGAAGCGAUCUGCCAAAGCUGAUGCUGAGCGUGCUGCAGAAGUUGGCAAGCUGACCUCUCUUCCAAAUUGGCGAGAGGUAGAGUUUGACGAUUCAGAUGUGGCUGUGGCGGCGGAUUUGGAGGAGUUCCAUUUGUUUGAGACACGAGAACCUGAGCAGGUGUCUGAUUGA